AUGGCCAUGAUCAAGAAGCUCGCGGCUUAUCCCCGCUUGCUUUUGGCCGCCAAUCCUAAAAAAGCCGACUAUCUCAUGCUGAUAUGCGGUAUCGCCAGCUCCAUCGCAUCAGGUGUUCCGUUCCCAAUUAUUGCAAUCAUUUUCGGUCAACUAAUCAACAACUUCAACGCCGUGUCUUGUAAUGAGUCUGAUGGAGACUCAUCAAGCUCUGAUGCCAGCUAUCAGGGGAGUAUCAAUCACGAGAUACUUCUGAUUUUCUAUCUCGCCAUUGCCCAAUUCGUCUUGUUCUACAUCCACUUGACAUGCUGGACCAUGUUCGGUGCUCGUCUUUCCCAGAGGCUACGUGAGAGAUAUCUUACAAACCUGCUCCGACAGGAACCAUCGCAUUUUGAUAAGCUACCUCCCGGAGAGGUCGCUUCUCGACUCAGCAGUGACAUUCAGACCAUUCGAUCCGGCACCUCCGAGAAGGCGGGCAUCGUUCUAUCCAGUUUCUCUUUCUUCGUCACUGCGUACAUUGUGGCUUUCAUCAAGAAUUGGGAGCUCGCGGCUAUUCUUCUUUCGCUGAUUCCGGCCUAUUUCAUCAUGUCCUUUGUUGGAAGUCACUAUAUUGAGAAAUAUACUGGUCUUAUGUCUGACUAUGCUGCUUCCGCUGCCUCAAUCGCUUCCGAGGGUCUUUCUAACAUUGUGGUUGUACAAGCAUUCGGAGCGAACAAGCGCUUGGAGGAGAAAUUCUCUAACGCCCUCAAGGCGUCUGAGCACCAAGGCUUGAAGAAGGCUACCGCUAUUGGCAUUCAAUCGGGUGUCCUAUACUUUGUCGCUUAUGGCGCCAACGGUCUUGCAUUCUGGCAGGGAAGUCAGAAGGUCGCUGACUCCGUUCAAGAUGGCACAUCUGGUACCACCGUUGGUGCUGUGUUCACCGUCAUUUUCGUUCUGAUUGAAGCCACCUUGACCUUGAGUCAAGUCGCACCCUUCCUCCAUCUGUUUAUGGCAGCUACCGGUUCCUACGAGAAGCUGCGCUCGGAUCUUUAUCGCACGUCUCUGAUCGAUGGCACUGGGGGAUUCGAGUUCAAUGAUGUUUCGUUCAUCUAUCCCUCUCGACCGGAAAUCACGGUCCUGGACAAGAUCAGUCUGAGUCUGCCCGCCAAGAAACACACCGCUCUUGUUGGCCUUUCUGGAAGCGGCAAGUCAACCAUUGCCAGCUUGGUCACAAGACUGUACGAUCCAACUGAGGGUCAGAUUACCUUCGACGGCCAGGAUAUUCGCGAUGUCAACGUUCGUGAUUUGAGAGGAUUCCUCAGUCUUGUUCAGCAGGAGCCUUCUUUGCUCGACCGCUCAAUGUUGGAGAACAUCGCCCAUGGUUUGCUCAACUCGAGCAAGCCUGAUCACACACACAUGAAGGAGAUUUUGCUUGGCACUGAACUGGAAGACCUGGCAGCCGAGCUGAGGGAAGGCAAAGACAUCACGGCUGCAGCUGAAGCCCGCGGCCCAAUCAUGGUCGAGAUUGUCAAUUUGGUUCAGCAUGCUGCCAAACUUGCAGAUGCCGACGGUUUCAUUGUGAAUUUGCAGUAUGGAUACGGUACAAGCGUUGGAUCAAGUGGCCGUCUUAUCAGUGGUGGUCAGAAACAGCGUGUCUCUCUUGCUCGUGCUCUUGUGAAGGACCCCGCGGUUCUCAUUUUGGAUGAAGCCACCGCCUCUCUGGAUUCUCGAAGCGAACAGCGUAUUCAAAAGGCUAUCAAUAACAUCACAGCCGGACGUACUGUCAUAACUAUUGCUCAUCGCCUGUCGACUAUCACUGGCGCGGAUAACAUCAUCGUCAUGCACAAGGGCAACAUUCUGGAGCAGGGAGACCACGCAACAUUGAUGGCAAAGGAUGGCUCAUACGCCGAUCUGGUCAAGCUGCAAACCCUCGGAACUGCACCUGGAAAACUCAGUAGUGCAUCCAGCAAAGACAGCAUUACCAAAUCUGACCAGGUGUCUCUGACCGACACCGAUGUGGAGAAGGCUAGUCUUUCCACUGAUAACGACUUUGAAAAAGCGGAAGCCCAGAUAUCCACGACCGAACAACCUGCUGGUGACUCUGACGAGUCUCCCGAAGAAGCAGAAGAACCCGAAACUCCCAAAAAGUCACUGUGGGUUCUUGCGAAGGGAUACGCGCCAGCCCUACGGCCUCACCUGAUUAUGAUCUUGAUCGCAAUUCUUGGCGCUGUUAUCGUUGGAGGCGCAUUCUCUGGCGAAGCUGUGAUUUUUGGAAACACCGUUGGAAGUUUGAAUCCUUGCAACGGCGCCGACAGCAUUCGCAACCGUGGUGACUUCUUCGGUUUGAUGUUCUUCGUUCUCGCAAUUAUCGAAUUCUUUGCGAACCUCGCCAGUUGGGCUGGAUUUGGUUGGGUCUCUGAGAAGGUCGUGUAUACCGCUCGAGUCCUGUCAUUCCGUUCGCUCUUUGAGCAGGAUCUUCAAUGGCAUCAAUCGAAGAACCGUACCCCGGCUUUGCUUCUUUCUUACAUCACCCGUGACGGUAAUGCUCUUGCUGGAUUGAGCGGAUCUGUUAUUGGCUCCCUGUUCGCUAUUAGCGUCAACCUUGUUGCGGCUAUUAUUUUGACGCACAUUAUUGCCUGGAGAAUUGCCCUGGUUUGCUUGGCUUUGGUUCCCCUUCUUCUUGGGGCUGGUAUGAUGGAGCUCAUUGUUCUCGGGAAGUUUGAAGAGAAGCAUGAAAACGCAUACACCCAUUCCGUGGAUAUUGGUACUGAAGCGAUCAAGUCUAUCAAGACUGUCGCAUCGCUGUCCUUGGAAGAAGCAACCCUCGUCACCUACCGCCGAUCCCUGAAAGGUCCGCGCCAGGAAACCCUGAAGGUUACUUUGCAAGCAAGUCUGUUUCAGGCGCUUACCUAUUUCCUGGGUAACUGCGUGAACGCUUUGGCGUAUUGGUGGGGAUCUAAGCAGAUUAUCAACGGCAACUAUACUCAGACUCAAUUCCUAAUUGUGGUGUUCUCGCUCCUCGUCAGCGCCCUUCUGUGGAGUCAAAUGUUUGCACUUGCGCCUGAGCUUUCCAGUGCCAGAAACGCAAUGGCCAGGAUCUUGGGCUUGAUCGAAAUCGGAUCUGACGGAAUGCGCGGUCGUGUUGAUAAGCGCUCAUUCAAGAAUACUUCUGCAGAGGAAGAUAUUGAGGCCACUACCGAGCCAAAGCCUGUUCCGUCCGGUGGUCCUGCAUCUAGCGUCCAGUUCCGCAAUGUGCAAUUUGCGUAUCCUGCUCGCCCCGAUAUCAAGGUAUUGACUGGAUUGAGCGUUGAUAUCAAGCCAGGCAAGUUCUGUGCCCUUGUUGGUCCCAGUGGUGCCGGUAAAUCAACAAUCAUCUCCCUUGUUGAGCGUCUGUACACUCCAGAAUCCGGCUCGAUCAUCAUUGAUGGUGUCGAUGUAACCAAGCACCGUGAUGUGGCUUUCCGUGACUCAAUUGCUUUGGUGCCCCAAGAGAGUGUGCUCUUCGAGGGAACUGUCAGGUUCAACAUCGGUCUCGGUGCUAGACCCGAUCACGAAGCGAGCCAAGAGGAAAUCGAAGAGGCCUGCAAGCUUGCCAACGUUCACGAAGUCAUUGCCGGAUUACCAGAAGGCUACGAUACCAUGUGUGGUCCCAAUGGCAGCCAGUUCUCUGGUGGUCAGAAGCAACGUUUGUCGAUCGCUCGCGCACUUGUUCGCAAGCCAAAGCUUUUGAUCCUUGACGAAUCGACCAGUGCCUUGGACGCCGAGUCCGAGAAGUUGCUGCAGGAUGGUCUUGAGAAGGCUGCUCGUGGCAUUACUGUCAUCGCCAUUGCCCAUCGCCUCCAUACUAUUCGGAAGGCGGACACAAUCUUCUUGAUUGAGGCUGGCAAAUGCAUUGACUCUGGUACACACGAAGAGUUGCUGGACAGGUCGGAUAGCUAUCGGGCCAACGUCAUGCACCAGACCGUGGCGACCUGA